AUGGGUUCAGCGUCAGGGCUGCAGCGGCGUCGUGGCGCAGGCACGUCGAGCUUAGCUGCUUUCGAUGACGAGGAUUCCCUAGCGCGGACACCCAAGCAGGUCGCCUCGUCGGCGCAGGGAGGCGCUGGGAAAGGCAAACAGGCAGCACGGGUCGAGCAGCAUUCGGGCUCCGGGUCCGUGGCGACCAUCGAUGUAGGCACAGGGCACAAGCUAGCCUACGAUCCGCGAGACAUGGACGAUGCUGAUGAAGAGAGAUCGUGUCCACGUCUCACGAUCAUGGAAGAGGUGCUGCUGCUAGGUCUCAAAGAUGCACAGGGGUACCUAUCGUUCUGGAACGACAAGUUGUCGUACACAUUACGUGGGAGUAUUCUCAUGGAACUAGCACUGCGAAAUCGAAUUGCUAUCAUGCCUGGCGCUGAUCAGAAACGCGUCGAAGUCGCAGAUCGGCUGAUAUCCGUGAAGAACAGAAAAGGUACAGGUGAGCCGUUGCUCGACGAGGCUUUGCGGCAUAUACAGCAGGGGCCUCCCGCCAGUGUAUCGGAAUGGAUGGACUUGCUAAGUGGCGAGACAUGGAAUAUGAUGAAGCUAAAUAUGCAGCUGAAGCAGGUCCGCGAGCGCCUCGCGAAAGGCCUGGUAGAGAAAGGUGUGCUUCGCACUGAGAAACGAAACUUCCUGCUCUUCGAUAUGCCGACGCACCCCCUGUCAAAUACGGCCGUAAAGGAUGCCGUUCGGCGGCGUGUAUAUGCCCUAACAACAUCGCGAAGCAUUCACCCAGAGGCCCUGUACAAAGAAGAUGCAAAUAAUGGCCCGAUUGAUGCUCCUGUUACUCGGGCGCUGUGUAUGGUCUGCAGUGCUCAUUGCGGUAAUGUCCUGGAGAAUGUAUUGCAACAUUUGUCCUCCGACUCGCGUGAAGAGGUCGAAGUGCAUUUCGACUAUAUUGCGGAAGAGUUUGGACAAUGGCCCAUGGCGCCCACGUCGUCGACGGGGGGGCUCCCACCACGGGGGACGACAGAUGCCAUCCUGGCCAGGCCAGUAAAUGUGGCAGCAGCACGAAUGUCCUUCAAAAAUGGGCGAACUUCCAAACUUGGCGUAAGUGUGGACGAACUUGCCCGACACAUGCUGAAAGAGUACGACACAGCGGGCCGUGCAUCAGCCUAUGAAGUCAUUGCCGCUGUCCUUCAUGUAUUUAUCCGUAUGGACUCUCUCAUAUAG